GUGUGAGUAAAGCGGAAUCGCUCACAAACUAGGUCACACACUUCACAGCACAGCGGCAAAUACAAUUUAUCCAAAGAUGUUGAUGUCAUGUCUCCGAAAAGCCUGGCAUCCGACAACUUUAUUCUACUCGAUCUUCAAGUUAUAUGCCAACAGAGAUUAACCAUUCAACCAUAAAAGCACGUGAUUACGAGACAUGUAAACAAGCACAGCUAAAUCGACUAUCAAGAAGGUAAGCCAAUCUGCAAAUUGUUUAGCUACUUAGCUCGCUAAAUAGCAGCUAGCUAGCUAGCUAAUAGUCACCUAUUUGCCCAAACCAUACUUUUUUUUAAAUAUGAUAGACAGGGUGAGUUGACUAUUCUGAUCCAUCAUUUUGUUUGUGGCAGGAAGGUAUAGAGCCCCAGAUGUCCUGAGAAGAACAUCAUCAUGACUGAAGAUAAGAGGAGCAGAGCAGGAUCUCAGCCUCAUGAAACCCAGCUUGGGACAGUCUGAGACAGAGUUACAGCCUCUAUGCUUCUGCAUGUGGACAAUAUGCUAUCACUGGGUUAUCAUAUGUGUCAGGCUAAGACUGAGCCUACUGUUGACACAACCUGUGCUUCCCCUACUGACAACAACACAGUCACAACCAGGCUCAAAAACACUGACCUCAACACAGAGAACUCCAUCACUGACACACACUCCAAUCCUAAUUCUGACACAGACAAUAUGGCUGUUCCUGGUUCAGAUAUGAUAGUUACCAAAGAGACUGAUCCCAGUGCAGUCAAGAGUCAGCUGACCAGACAGGAGGAUGAGGAGUCAUGCCAGCCUUCUAGUAUGCCACUGGGCUGGGUGAGAGUGGUGAGGCAGAGGAAAAGUGGGAAGACUGCAGGAAAAAUGGACAUCUAUAUAACAAGGUGAUUCAGAUUUUUUCUUCACCAAAUACUCUCAUUGCAUGUAAACAUCACUGAAGUGUGUCUGUAUCUUACUGUCAGGGCUAGGGGCUAAGUGCAUUGCAGAUAGAGUGAGAUCCUAGGAUCAUUGAUUCCACAUGAAGUAAAUGAUCUGCCUCUGUAGUCCCCAGGGACGGAGGUUCCGGUCCAGGACGUCUCUUCAAGCCUUCCUUCUCAAAGAUGCAGGAGGGGGUCUACAGAUAGAUGACUUUGACUUCACCAUUGCCAAGAGUGGCAGUGUAGCUGUGACCCCACUGCCCAGCCAGGAGAGACAGAGGAAAGGUCUUCAGGAACACACACGUCACACCUCAGAGGCCAAUAUCAAAGAAGACAGGCAGGACACGGAGGAGAAUAUGGAAAAGGAGGGUAGAAUAUUAGGCCUGCCUUCAAAUAACACAAAAAGAGCCUCUUCCGCAAAAUCCUGCAAGCUGAGAACCAGACCCAGAGACAAGGGAACGAUAUCAACUCAGCAGAGGCCUGACAGGCCUCCCUUGGCAAGGGGGAAUCACAGACAGGCAGCUGGGAGAGGCACAGAAAGGGGCCACCCAUCAGACACAGAUGAAGACAUCAAAGAGCCAAACAUACAAGCCUCUGUGAGAAGGGGUGAUGAUGAGACUGAGAGGCAUUUGAAGGUCGUGGCAGUAGUUGAUGAUGUCAUAUUGGAGAAGAGCCCCCAGAGGAGGCCGGGGCUGCUGAGAGAGAAGCUGCUCAGGCUGGCCCCGCCCACUGAGCUACAAGACGCUCUCGUUGGUCGAGGAGAGCAGCUUCCUGUGUCACUGUUACUUGUCCCAGUCCUUAGGGUGCAGUCUGCUUCUGAGAGCGAGGGGAAGGCUGAGUCUGAAGGUGUGGGAGUGGGGGAGACUGAGGGAGUGGAGGAUAUAGAGGCAGAGGUGCAUGAAGAAGAGCUGCCAUCAUCUCCCCAGACCACUGGAGGGCGAUGUACACCAUUAAAAGAUUCCCAGAGCAGUAUGUAUCAAUUUCCUCUACUGUGCAUUGUGCUAUCAGAGUUGUGAUGCAUAAUGUGCAUUGACUGUGAUGCCUAGAUGGAGAAAAACGUAAUCAUCUUCUUGACCCAAGAGAAUAACAUGUUUAAUGUGUGUAGUGAUGCCUAAGGUGCUUGUUGUUCCUGUUCUGUCCAGAACUGUUAGGAGAGAAACGGAAGACCAGUCCUUAUUUCAGUCGAAAGUCAUUGAGAGAUGGUAAUAAUUUCAUAAAUGAUAGAAUUUAACAGAACUCACCAUUCUUGGAGAAAAACGUAAGUUAAAUAAAAAAUAGUUUCUUUAUGAUCAAAACCCCUUAUGUCCACACACACAGGUCUGAGCCCCCCCAGGAGGAAUGCCUUCAGGAAGUGGACCCCUCCUCGCUCCCCCUUCCACCUGGUGCAGGAGACUCUUUUCCACGACCCCUGGAAACUCCUGGUAGCCACCGUGUUCCUCAACAAGACCAGCGGUGAGACACACACACAAACACACACAUGCAAGGCUCAAACACACACACAGGCACUCAAGCACUUUUCCAAUAAUUUUCUAACAUCUACAAUAAAAACAUUGGAAUUAUCUCACACAGUCUCUGUCCUGUCUUCCUUUUCAGGUAAGAUGGCCAUCCCGGUGUUGUGGCAGUUCUUUGAGCUUUACCCAUCAGCGGAGGAGACCAGGAGGGCAGAGUGGAAGCCCCUGUCUGUGCUGCUGAGGCCUCUGGGCCUGUAUGAACUCCGAGCCAAAAUCAUCAUCAGGUUCUCUGGUGAGUCACUGUUCCCAUCUCCACCUGUGGAUCCAAUAGAUGAUAAAUGAAAUGUAGAAUAACUGCUCACUGAUUUCCCUCCUAGGAAGUGAAGUUUUAGUUUUAGUUGAAUCGAGGAUGGCGACUGGGCUAUCCUAUCCUCCAUGUGUUAGAGGUGUGUUUGUUUUUGCCAGCACCUGAGAAAUAAUGGGUAUGUGCAUAUCUCUUAUGCAGAUGAAUACCUGAACAAGCAGUGGCGCUACCCUAUAGAGCUGCAUGGGAUUGGGAAGUACGGCAAUGACUCCUACAGGAUCUUCUGUGUAGAGGAGUGGAGACAGGUGAGUGAGUCACAGACCCCAUAGUAGGUUGUUGCAUACAGUUUAUAGUGUAUUAUCCCUUUAGCAAAAAUGGCAACUAUUCUUAAACCAACAUUUAAAUAAUAGCGCCAGAUAUUGUCAACUACAGAUAUUGCCCUUUUGUGUGUAUGUUUACAUAGGUUGAACCCCAUGACCACAUGCUGAACAAGUACCAUGCUUGGCUGUGGGAGAACCAUGAGAGGUUGGGAAUCUGAAUGAUGAGGAACUGCAAUGUCACAUUUUAACACAACAUAUUUUAUCAGUGGAAGAAUGUUCUAGUUCUUAAAUCAUAAGGCUUAUAACCUGAUAUCUCAGUAUCUCUCUUGGAAAUGAUCCAAAGACUAUGUACUGAUCCCUGCUCCUCUCAAGACUAAGUAGUAACAUUCCAUUGUCUGAACAGUCAAAAAACAAUUGUUACUCAACAUGAUUGUAUUAAAUAAAUGGUUUUAUCAUGUUUUAAAAGCCUAAUGACUCAUUUACAUUCAAUUGGACUUUGAUGUUGUGCCUCUGGAAAUGCAACUGAUAAACUGUGUCCCCUUUGUCUAGUGGAGAUUGGUGUUCCUUUCUUGCGUGUACUGAAUAGUCUCCAUCUGUCUAGCUCUGAAGCCAUGCUCUGACAAUAGCUCGCCCGGCCCUAUUUCACAUGCUAAUAAACUUUCUUUAGGAGAGCACUGGUGCAUUUAGCUACGCUCGGCUCCAGCUUUAUUCUCUGUCAGCACACGAGUAACCCGAUUCCCAAGGCAACAGUUGCCACCGCAAAACACCCAAGUGAGUGCAUUUGUUUGUACUAUUUCAAUUUAAAUCCAAGUCUUAAUAGUCAUUAAAGUAAAUAUUUGAAAAGGAAGUAGUUUGCAAGUAAUAAAUUCAACUUUACUGUUAUGAAGAAUUACUUGACUGUUAUGACAUUGCCAGUUGUAAGAAGAGAGCUUAGUAGUGUGAAAGUUAAGACAGACCCUUUAGACGUUUUUCAAUGCACAAGGACCGGACUCCACUGCUGGCACAGCCCUGUCUACGGAAUGAAACUUCGUAAGAAAACAGCUUUGACGUUUUGAAUGAAUGGUUUACUCUCAGUUUGAACUGUGCAUGUUUGAUUAUUUUACCCGUUCAGUGUUUAUACUGCGCAUGAUUCUUCUAUUCAUUACCACAGCUGCUGUUCGCCUGACUUCAACACCUCUGUCUAUUCCUCGAUCCACACCUGUCCGUCAAAGUCGCUACCUUAUGGUCACUCCCCUGACAUUGCCCAUCAUCUCACCUGCCUCUGCAGCACAGCCAAUCAGCCAGGUGUGCAUUAACGCUAAGAAAAAGACAAUUCAAGUGUUAUAAAUAUUUUUUGCCUGUUGUGAAAACGUCCUAUCUGGUCGGCAGUCUGUCCCCAGACUGGACCCCCUCCAUCCUCCUCUGGUCCAUAGACGAACGGUCAGCCUGGAGACCCCUGCUGUGCAUCACCACAACCACCAGAGGGCGUUGGUAAUGAAGAGAAAGGAGCAUUACACGUGAGUCCAGUAGUAAAACAGCAGUAGAAAACUACAUGAUACCGAUAAUAUGAAAAUGUCACAUUUCUGCCAAUUAAUAUUUUUUUCUCUGGGGAUUUGUUAGGUAUCACCAGGUGUGGCGGAAGCCAUUCUACGGAUCCUGCACUGAGAGAGAGGAGUACAGGUAAAAGAAUCCUCGUCUGAAUUAUUGCUUUCCUUCCCAUACCUAGGUGGGCUUCUGGCUUCUGUCAUGUUGUUUAUAAAUCUCCAGAUCGGAUUUUCCAGAUCAGAGGUACGCCAGCAGCUGAAGAGCCAGAUAGAGGAGAAGCGGGCGGGGCUGAUGCUGCAGUUGACCAGUAAGGCAGAGGAGGCAGAGUUUUUACAGGAAGUGGAUCGCUUGGCUCUCUCCAGUGAGAGACAGCAGAGGAUCCAGCACAGCAGAGAGAUGAGCCAGUACAGAGAUGAGAACAAGAAGGUAAUACACCAGGGAUCAUCAACUAGAUUCAGCCGCGGGUCGGAACAGGCAGCGUCGGCAGGUAGCCUAGCGGUUAAGAGUGUUGGGCCAGUAAUUGAAAGGUCACUGGUUUGAAUCCCUGAGCCGACUAGGUGAAAAAUCUGUAAAUGUGCCCUUGAGCAAGGCACUUAACCCAUAAUUGCUCAUGUAAGUCGCUCUGGAUAAGAGCGUCAACUAAAAUGUUAAAUAUAAACAUAAUUACAAAUCAUUUUUAGACUGCAAGACGCCCAAACAGAUAUGUUUGACUAAAACUUAAUAAUUUCAAACCUUGCUUACAUGUGUAUAUGAUCACGUAUCUCUAUUAUGCAUGGGAAUACUUGGGAACAGAUUUCUUAAAUUAAAAUCACUUGGAGCUGAUUUCCUGGUGUUUUUAUAGUCUUAUGUCCAACAAUAAAAAGUUUCUUUUUUUUUUUUUUCAGAAAACCACCCGCGGACCAAAUUCACGCCAGUUGGGAAACCCUGCAAUACACACACACAAUGUACUAAUGGCUGGAGCGGGUGGUUUCCAUGUGUUUGAUGCCAUUCCAUUUGCUCUGUUCCGGACAUUAUUAUGAGCCGUCCUCCCCUCAGCAGUCUCCACUGACUUAGUCCUAAUGUGAGAUUCUUUACUCACAUACUCUUCUCUUUUGUGUGUGUGUGUGUGUGUAUAGCUGAUGGAGCAGAGCUGGAGGGACAGGGCACUGACUCGCUCUCUGGAUGCCCUGAGGGAGCGAGAACUGCUACGCCACAACCCCAUUAACUGGAGCGGCACACUGAAAUAG